AUGUCGAAACGGAAGACUGCAGAGGAUACCCGACCAAGCAAACGCCAAAAGCUUGAUAGCCACCCCCAAUUCCAACUCAUCACAGCCUCCCUCGUCCUCUCCGUCCCACCAUUAUUUGCCAGCAAUCCCCGAGAUGGAGCGCAACAAAUGUUGGAUUCAAUGGUUAUGAGGUACAUCCCGGCGCUCAAAGGAGUCGUCCUGGCACACUCAAAUCUGAGCUUUCUCAAGCCAACAGCAGCGAUAACUGCUGACUGCCCUUUUCUUAUCUGCCAUGUCCAGUUCGACGCAACCGUAUGGAGUCCUAAUCUUCACAUGAAACUCACCGGGAAAAUCAGUCUCUGCUCUCCUGAUCACAUCUCUCUUCUCGUUCACCGCACUUUCAACGUCUCAAUUCCACGGAAACACAUACCUGAAGAGUGGGUAUAUGAGCCAGCGGAUGAAACCGAGCCAGACAAUGGGCGAUGGGUGCAUCAGAAAACCCAAAAGCCUUUAGGUGGCGAAGACGGAUACGUUGAAUUUACCGUCAUUGGACUAACUGUCGCGAAUGAAAUGUUGUCGUUGGAGGGGGCAUUGGAUGUACCAUAG